CGUCUUUCUAUCCAGUCCCAUCUCCUUCCCUCCCACGGCGGUCUGCCUCCGCCCGCGACCACCUCGCCGCCGCAUCCCUCUCAACCGCCGCCGGCGUCGGAGAUGCAGGCGACCGCCGCAUCCUUCCUCGCCCGCCCUCUCCCGCCGCCCCGUCGCAUUGGCAGGAGCGCGUAUGGGUCUGUGGCGGUGCACGGAGGCAUCUCACUGCUGCCGCCGCGGCUACGGGCGGUACGGUGCUCCAUGAGCCUCUCUAUCGGCGCCGGUUCGAGCGACACCGGAGACAGCGGAUUCAGCUACCAGUAUGCUCCUGUCUUCCGAAGAUACCGUGAGCGAGAUCCCUACAAGCUUCUUGGUGUUGACCGUGAUGCAUCUGAAGAAGAGAUCAGGAGUGCAAAAGACUUUCUAGUUCAACAGUAUGCUGGUCACGAGGCAAGUGAAGAAGCUAUUGAAGGUGCUUAUGAGAAGAUAAUAAUGAAGAGCUACCAGUAUAGGAAGAAAACGAAAAUUAAUCUGAAAACCAAGCUUUUAAAGCGAGUCGAGGAAUCCCCGUCAUGGGUAAAGGCAUUUCUUGGAUACUUUGAGGUACCAUCAAUGGAUAUUAUUUCCAAAAGGUUAUUCUUUUUUGCUUUCAUCGCUGGAUGGAGCAUAGCAACUUCUGCUGAGAAUGGACCUGCAUUCCAGCUCGCAAUAUCACUCUUCUCGUGCAUAUACUUCCUUAAUGACAAGAUGAAGAAUCUUCUGAGAGCAUCAACCACUGGGUUUGGAGUACUUGUUGGUGGCUGGAUUGUUGGUUCUAUGUUGGUCCCUCUUAUCCCAACAUUUAUCAUCCCACCUACAUGGUCCCUUGAGCUUCUUACCUCCUUGGUUGCAUAUGUUUUCUUGUUUCUUGGGAGCACUUACCUCAAAUGAAGCAAUGUCAACCUUGUAACCGUAAAUUGUAGUAUUGUUUGGAAUUUUUUGGCAGUUACUGAAAUCUCUACAAUUGCAUGUACCGGCAAUGUUGUUGAAUCCUCCGUCCUUCGUUCAGCUCAAGGUAGAGACAACCGGCGAAGCCAGGUGCUUUGUUUACACCAUUUGUCCCCUCAUUUGUUUGAUUAAUUGUCCAUAUAGGGGGCAAUCCUUUGCCUCACAGGUCCAAGUGAAUCCCUGUAUGGAUAAACUGCUGAAGCUUAGGCAGAGGGUCAAGUCAGAUUGUUAACUCAUACGGAAUGUACUAUUUACAUAUUGAUAUUGAUGUGGAAAUGAUGUAGCGAAAUCUUUCAUCUAA